GUUUCAAGAAAAAGCGUAAUGACAUGGACGCUUCGCAAUAAGUUUGUUUGCACAUUUCUUGUAAAAUAAAACACAUUGUUUUGUUAUGAACAAAUUUUAAUUGAAUAAAACUUAGUUACUAGCGCUGUACAAAAUGCUAAAUAUACAAAACUACGGUAGCAGUUCAGAGGAGGAAGAAGAAAAUGAAACUAAAACAAUCAAAGUGGAGAGUAACGAAAAGUUACUUGCACAUCUAAAACCAGUUGAUACUAAGUUCUCCGUAGCCAAAUCUAUGCAAAUAUGUGCUGCACCUAUUGUUAUGCCCACAAACAGUGAUGACACAAGAGUACUAAUACCAAACAAUCAAGAAUUAAUGCACAAUCCCAAGUAUGAGGAACUCUUUGCUCCCUCAUAUGGACCAGAGAACCCUUUCCAAACUCAACAAAUGAGGGCCAAUAGGAAUAUUCUCUCUGGUUACGUAGAAAAGGCACAUAUAAGUGACUUUCAGUUUGAAAAUCAGAGGAGAACAUUUACGAGUUAUGGACAUGCUGUGGAUCCUUCUACUGAUGGUGACGCGGGGAAUGGGGAUGCUAUUGUAGUGUCAGCAAUGGUAGCGCCCCCAGAGGAAGCAGUAGGCAAGUCAGUGUUUGAGACCAUCAAGAAGAGACCACUGGACAAGAAGAAGAGGACCAAGAAUGACAACCCUGAAGACAUUACAGGCUUCCUCGGACCUUGGGGAGGCUAUGAGGGUGAACAGAGGGUAAUGAGGCCGGAAGGUGAAGAGGCGAAAGAAUUACAAGAAAUUGUGGCCAAGAGACAGAAGAAGGGCAAAGUGGAUGAUGACAAACCAUUGGAAGAGAAAUCUAUAUUCCAUAUCGACAACCCGACGGACUACCAGGGCCGGUCGUGGGUGCAGGCGCCGCGCAGCGAGACGCAGCUGCGCAGCGAUACCCCGCCCGACAAGUGCUUCCUGCCCAAGGCACACAUCUACACAUGGAAGGGCCACACGAAGGGCGUGGCGAUGGUGCGGUGGUUCCCCAAGACUGCGCAUCUCAUGCUCUCCGCAGGGAUGGACUGCCGGGUCAAGAUAUGGGAAGUAUAUGGAGAUCGUCGAUGCAUACGAACGUAUUUUGGCCACAGACAAGCUGUCAGAGAUGUUAACUUUAACAACACGGGUGAUAAAUUCCUAUCUGCAGCAUAUGACCGCUACAUAAAGCUAUGGGACACAGAGACAGGGGAGUGUAUAUCCAGGUUCACUUCCCGGAAGGUGCCUUAUUGUGCCAAGUUCAACCCCGACGAAGAUAAACAGAACCUAUUCGUAGCUGGUACCUCUGAUAAGAAGAUUAUUUGUUGGGACAUCCGCAGCGGUGAGAUAGUGCAGGAGUACGACCGUCACUUAGGAGCAGUGAACACCAUCACCUUCGUGGACGACAACCGACGCUUCGUCACCACCUCCGAUGAUAAGAGUCUCAGGGUUUGGGAGUGGGACAUACCAGUAGACAUGAAAUACAUAGCGGAUCCUUCCAUGCACUCUCUGCCCGCCGUCACCGUGUCGCCCAACGGCAAGUGGCUCGCGUGCCAGUCCAUGGACAACAAGGUCAUUGUGUUCAGCGCACUGAACAGGUUCAAGAUGAACAGGAAGAAGACUUUCAGUGGUCAUAUGGUGGCUGGGUACGCUUGUUCUGUGGAUUUCUCGCCUGAUAUGAGCUACCUGGUGUCGGGCGAUGCCGACGGCAAGUGCUACAUCUGGGACUGGAAGACCACGAAACUGUACAAGAAAUGGAAGGCGCACGACGGCGUCUGCAUCACGUCUCUAUGGCACCCACACGAACCCAGCAAACUGCUCACAGCAGGCUGGGACGGCGUUAUCAAGUACUGGGAUUAAAUAAAAUGACUGACUCCAUGA